AUAGAAAAAUAAUUUUGAAUUUUUUUAAAAAGUUUAAUAAAGGAAAAUGCAGCAACCAACAGUUAUCAUUCAACAAUCAUCAGUUGCAGUCGGUCCUGGUUCAACUCGAUUAGUUUGCCCAUCAUGUCACGCAACAGUAUCAACUCGAGUACAACGCGAGGCAUCCGGGAAAACACAUAUAAUUGCUUUAAUAUUGUGCCUUUUCAUUUGCUGGCCAUGCGUUUGCAUUCCAUAUUGCACAGAUAGUUGCCGUAAUGCUAACCACUACUGCCCUAACUGCAAUGCAUAUUUGGGAACAUACAAGUAAAGAUUCAUUAUGAAGAGGCAUUAUUUUACUUAUCCAGGUAGACUUAAGGACCAUCAA